AUGGAACCAGGAAACCUGACAGGAAAUACAGAAUUUCUCCUCCUGGGAUUUUCUGAGGACCCAGAGCUGCAGCCCCUCAUCUUUGGAAUUUUCCUGUCCAUGUACCUGAUCACUGUGCUGGGGAACCUGCUCAUCAUCCUGGCCGUCAGCUCAGACCCCCACCUCAACACACCCAUGUACUUCUUCCUGUCCAACCUGUCUUUUGUGGACAUCUGCUUCAUCUCCACCACCAUCCCCAAGAUGCUGGUGAACAUCCAGACGCAGAGCAAAGCCAUCAGCUAUGGGGGUUGCCUUGCCCAAAUGUACUUUUUCCUCCUCUUUGGCGUGUUGGACAACUUUCUCCUGACUGUGAUGGCCUAUGACCGCUACGUGGCCAUCUGCCACCCCCUGCACUACACGGUCAUCAUGAACCCCCAGCGUUGUGUGCUGUUGGUUGUUAUUUCCUGGAACAUGAGUGCCCUGCAUUCCUUGCUGGAAGUCACAAUGGUGUUGUCACUGUCCUUCUGUGAGAGGGUGGAAAUCCCUCACUUUUUCUGUGAACUCAAUCAAGUGGUCCACUUAGCUUGUUCUGACACUUUUCUUAAUGACCUAGUGAUGUAUUUUUUUGCUGUUCUCCUGGCGGGUGGCCCCCCCUUUGGGAUCCUUUACUCUUACUUUAAGAUUGUUUCCUCUGUACAGAGAAUCUCUUCCGCGCAGGGGAAGUAUAAAGCGUUUUCCACCUGUGCGUCUCACCUCUCCGUGGUCUCCUUGUUUUAUGGCACAUCCAUCGGCGUGUACCUGAGUUCUGCGGUGACACAGAACCCACAGCGCACUACCAUUGCUUCGGUGAUGUACACGGUGGUCACCCCCAUGCUGAACCCCUUCAUCUACAGCCUCAGGAACAAAGACAUCAAGGAUGCUCUGACAAGUCUCCUUGGGAAGAAACAAUGA